UUAAUCGUCUCUCAUAGGACAGGCAGUCUGGUGUCCAAUAUGGCAACCAGGUGGGGAAUCUGCAGCGCGGGCAAGAUCAGCCAUGACUUCACUGUGGCUCUGAAAACUCUUCCACCUGAAGACCACCAGGUUGUGGCUGUGGCAGCUCGCAAGUUAGAGGAUGCCCAGGAGUUUGCCAAAAAGCACAGCAUCCCACAAGCAUACGGCAGCUAUGAGGAGCUGGCCAGGGACUCAGACAUAGAUGUAGUGUACAUUGGAGUUAUCCACCCAUACCAUCUGAAAACGUGUCUGCUCUUUAUGAACGCCAAGAAAAACGUUCUGUGUGAGAAGCCACUGGCCAUGAACGCCAAGGAAGCGAAGGAGAUCCUGGCCUCUGCUAAGAACAAUGAUGUCUUCUUUAUGGAGGCUGUCUGGACUCGAUUUUUCCCGGCCUCUGUGGAGGUAAGGCGGCUGUUGGCUCAGAGGGAGGUGGGCGAGGUGAAAAUGGUGAGAGCUGAGUUUUGUGUGCCAGUGUUGCACAUACCGAGAUCAACCCAGAAGGAGCUGGGUGCAGGAGCAAUGCUGGAUAUUGGCGUUUACUGCCUACAGUUCAUCUGCAUGGUGUUUAAUGGAGAGAAACCAGAGUGCAUCCAAGCCAUGGGGGUGUGCCUGGAAACAGGAGUGGAUGAGACUGUGGUUGUUACUCUGAAGUUCUCCAGGAACAGGAUGGCAGUGUUUACCGCCUCUGCUGGUAUGCAGAUGGCUAAUGAUGCCAUAAUUGUGGGCACAAAGGGCAGUAUCAGGAUCCCUGAACAUAUGUGGUGCCCCACAUCACUGGUGGUGAAUGGGAAAGAGACUCAGUAUCCUGUGCCAGAGCCCUACCUGCCUCUCAACUUCCUGAACAGUACAGGGAUGCGUUAUGAAGCAGAGGAAGUUCGACAGUGUUUGCUUAAAGGGCUGAAGGAGAGUGCAGUUAUGUCCCAUGCUGACUCUCUGCUGCUGGCUGAGGUGGAGGACGAGAUCCGCAGGCAGGUGGGGGUGACUUACAGCCAGGAUUGCCAGUAGACCUUAAAGAUGGAUAUUUUUCUAAGUGAAUAACCAGGCUAUGAGAAGUUUAACUUUUGUCAAAGAAAUUCAUAAUUUGAUAGAUUGAGAGCAGAAGAACUUAGUUUUUGUUGGACUUUUCUUACCUCUCUAACAAUAAAGUGUUCUCAUGUUCAAACACUAAA